CACAUGCUCACCCUCUUGGUCCGUCUGCCUGAGGAGGGAAGGGAGCGCUGGAGAGGAGUUUAAGCGACGGUGUUGAGAGCCGGGCGAAAGCAAAGCAUUCCUUUAAUUCAGUAAACUCUCAAGCCGUGAACGUCUAACUGCAAAAGAUGUCUAAAGGACCAGCAGUAGGUAUUGAUCUGGGCACCACAUACUCCUGUGUGGGCAUCUUCCAGCAUGGCAAAGUUGAGAUCAUUGCCAACGACCAGGGAAACAGAACCACACCCAGCUAUGUGGCCUUCACGGACACAGAGAGGCUUAUUGGAGACGCUGCCAAGAACCAGGUGGCCAUGAACCCCUCCAACACUGUCUUUGAUGCCAAACGUCUGAUUGGUCGCAAGUUUGACGAUCCUGUGGUGCAAUCUGACAUGAAACACUGGCCCUUCAAGGUGAUAAAUGACUCGUCCAAGCCCAAGAUGGAGGUCGAGUAUAAGGGUGAGAUCAAGAGCUUCUUCCCUGAGGAGAUUUCCUCGAUGGUCCUAACCAAAAUGAAGGAGAUCUCUGAAGCGUACCUUGGCAAGACUGUGAACAAUGCAGUUAUCACAGUUCCUGCUUACUUUAAUGACUCCCAGCGUCAAGCCACCAAAGAUGCUGGAACCAUCUCUGGGCUUAAUGUUCUGCGCAUUAUCAAUGAGCCCACUGCUGCUGCCAUUGCCUAUGGCUUGGACAAAAAGGUUGGCAGUGAGCGUAAUGUCCUUAUCUUUGAUCUUGGCGGUGGUACUUUUGAUGUAUCAGUCCUGACCAUUGAAGAUGGCAUCUUUGAGGUCAAGUCCACAGCUGGUGAUACGCACUUGGGUGGCGAGGACUUUGACAACCGCAUGGUUAACCAUUUCAUUGCUGAAUUCAAGCGCAAGUUCAAAAAGGAAAUCACCAACAACAAGCGUGCUGUGCGUCGCCUGCGCACAGCUUGCGAGCGUGCCAAGCGCACCCUCUCCAGCAGCACCCAGGCUAGCAUUGAGAUUGAUUCACUCUAUGAAGGUACAGAUUUCUACACUUCCAUCACCAGGGCCCGUUUUGAAGAGCUCAAUGCAGACCUGUUCCGUGGGACCCUCGAGCCUGUGGAGAAGGCCCUUAGAGAUGCCAAGAUGGACAAGGCCCAGAUCCAUGACAUUGUCCUGGUGGGAGGUUCCACACGUAUUCCCAAGAUUCAAAAGCUACUGCAGGACUUCUUCAAUGGCCGGGACCUCAAUAAGAGCAUCAACCCUGAUGAGGCUGUGGCCUAUGGGGCAGCUGUGCAGGCCGCCAUCUUGGCUGGUGAUAAGUCUGAGAAUGUACAGGACCUGCUCCUGCUGGAUGUCACGCCCCUCUCCCUGGGAAUUGAGACAGCUGGAGGGGUCAUGACUGUCCUUAUCAAAAGGAACACCACCAUCCCAACCAAGCAAACCCAGACCUUUACCACCUAUUCAGACAACCAACCUGGUGUGCUCAUCCAGGUUUAUGAAGGUGAGAGAGCCAUGACCAAGGACAAUAAUAGCCUGGGGAAGUUUGAACUGACCGGUAUUCCACCUGCUCCCAGAGGAGUCCCUCAGAUUGAGGUGACCUUUGACAUUGAUGCCAAUGGCAUUCUCAAUGUGUCCGCAGUGGACAAAAGCACUGGAAAGGAGAACAAGAUCACCAUCACUAAUGACAAAGGGAGAUUGAGCAAGGAGGACAUUGAGCGCAUGGUGCAAGAGGCAGAGCAGUUCAGGGCUGAGGAUGAGGUCCAGAGAGAAAAGGUCACAGCUAAGAAUUCCCUUGAAUCUCUUGCCUUCAAUAUGAAGAGCACAGUCGAAGAUGAGAAGCUCCAAGACAAAAUCAGCCCUGAGGACAAAAAGACAAUUGUGGACAAAUGCAACGAAGUCAUUGCCUGGCUGGACAGGAACCAGACGGCAGAAAAGGAUGAGUACGACCACCAGCAGAAGGAACUAGAGAAGGUGUGCAACCCCAUCAUCUCCAAGCUGUACCAAGGCGGUGCACCAGGAGGAAUGCCGGGAGGAAUGCCGGGAGGAAUGCCUGGAGGCUUCCCCGGUGGAGCUGGUGGUGGCUCCUCUUCUGGCCCAACUAUCGAAGAGGUCGACUGAAUGGAGGGUGUUUUGCACAUCCAAGAAAUACUGCAUCACAGGUUUAUCUGUAUUUAAAUUCCUGCCAUAUAAUUAAAGUUAAAUCUAAUACUUACACAUAGCGCUUCCAAUAUCCAGUCACAUAUUUCUUCCUCUUCCCACUGACAGGCAUGGUUUUGUAUAUCAUCCACCAAAACUGUAAAAUCUGUAUUCUUUAACCAAUAAAUCAUCAAGAUUUCCAAUAAAGAAUCUAAUUUGCAAAAUA